CUCACUUUUCAAACCAUCAUCAAUACUAUUGUCCCCUCCCACUCCCUUCCUUUAUUUGCACCUUUUCCUACUACGUACUUACUCUUGCUUAAUUAAACCUUUAAUUCAUAAUUAGUUUUACCCACUCCUCCCAUCCCAUAGACUUUUAUUUCAUUUCCCCUCUCUUUGUCUAUAGUUUUCUCCUUUUGUUUCAAUUGGGAGGCCGCCGGAGACUUUAUGGAUUCCGGAAGUAGUGGUAGUAUACAAUCCCUAAGUGGCGGCGGUGGAGGCGGAGGCGGCGGCGAUAAUGAAGAGUUUGAUAUUGAUUCCUCACGUCUAGAAGGAGGAGAGGAAUCCAUUCAUAAUUUUUGUAUGGAUUUCGGUCAACCCCAGUCAAUGUUUCUGUCCGCCACCACUUUCCCGCAACCGCUGCCAAAUCUCAAAUCGUCUUUUUAUGUAGAUAAUAACAUUAACGGUCGUGAUUUGGUCUGGCCUCCUCCUCCUCCGGGGUUAUUAGUAAGACCCGAACCCGGAUUUCCCAACUUUGCGGCUGAUUUCGUUCCGCCUCCGUCAUCACCGCCGUUAUCAGCUAUCUUGGGCACGGCGGCGGCCGCGAGUCAUCACCAACGGUUCUUGAGCGCGUCAUCGUCAUCAUCACCCGUGCAGCCGACGGCUGAGAUGUGCGGGCCGGAUCCCGCCCCUGCCCAGCCCGUUAAGAACUCCAAGAAACGGAGCCGGGCUUCAAGGAGGGCGCCCACCACCGUGCUGACGACGGACACCGCCAAUUUCCGGCAAAUGGUUCAGGAGUUCACCGGAAUCCCGAUGGAUCCGUUCUCCGUCGGCUCGCCGUACUCUCGCCGGCUGGAUCUCUUCUCCACCGCUUCCGGGUCAGCCCGUCUGGAUGGCCUUGGCGUAUCUCCCUUGUUCAAUCGUAACGGGUCGGGCUCAAAUCCAAGCAUGGGUAUGGCGAAAGAAAGUCCGGAUUUAUUCAACAUGCGUCUUCCCACCGUGCAGCCGCCGUCCACCGAUAAUCAAUCAUCGGGAAAUCAAGAACAUUUACUAGUCAGUGGAAAUAUGUACAGCGGACGUCGUCGUACUGAUGAGCGAUCGAGCUGAUCUGAGAUCAUGUAGAAAGAAGGUCAGAAUCCAUGCGACGACCUGAGCUUGAUUGUUUUGACUUUUUCUUUAGUACGGAGUAAUUAGUUUAAUGUAUCUAUAUGUAAUAAGUACACUACGUAAUAAAUACGUUCCACAUGUCGGUAUUUUAUGCCUUGUUCUUAUACCUUGUUCAUAUCUUUUCUCCCAUUCAUACACCAUCUUCAUCACUAUGAUCAUCAUCUUAUCUCAUUUUCCAUAUUGCUCACUUAAGUCACUUUAGCAUGUAAGCAGUUAGCUAAUGUCUUGUGCAUAUAUGUUGUUUGUUAGUGGUUACUUUUAC